AUGGAAAAAAUGGAAGAAGAUAGUAAUAGAGUUGAGGAAGUUCAACGAAUAAGAAAAGCAGAAGAUACAUUAGAAAUUGAUCAACCAAAAUUAAAAAAAACUAAAGGUGAUGAAGAUUGUAUGGUUACAGAAUCUACUGAACCAAUACAUUAUAUAAAACAUAAAUAUAAUGGUAGCUCUUUUAAGAUACCCAUAAAAGUUAAUGAUACUGAUUGUACUAUUGUUAACCUAGGUAAACAUAAAUAUCAAAAAUCUUCAACAGAAGAAAUAGCUGCUAUUUAUCUUCAAUUGGCUGCAAAAAGAAAAGUUAAAUUGUAA